AUAUUGAUUGCAGGCUUGCGCGCGCGUGUGUGUGUGUGUGUAUGCAGUAAAUGUGAAUAGGCCUGGAAGAACACAGCGGGUAGGGGCCCGGCAUGGUAAAAGGCCGGGGGAAAACGACACACCACAAAUGACAACGUAUUUUUGUUCAUUUUUCCGUAACGGUUUUUAUUUGAGUGAUUUGUAUUUUUAAUUUACGUUGAGUGUCAGCGUUUAAAUUUCAUACAAAUGUGGAGGAAAUCUGGGAGAUGAUGCCGGGCAUGUCUCGACAAUUUGCAGCAUCGAACAGUGGUCCUGAAUGGGACAGUCUGAUGGAGGUUCAUCAUGAAGCUAUUGAAAAGAAUUAUGAGCUGCUUGAGGAGAUUGGCAAAGGCCAAUUUGCAGUUGUCCGGAAAUGCGUGGAGCUCAAAACAGGUUUGGUUUAUGCUGCAAAGAUAAUGAGGAAGAGAAGAGUGGCGAGGGGAGUUGCUGCAGCUGAUAUAGCACGCGAGGCAGGACUGCUAGCACAGCUUCGUCAUCCCAAUAUUGUCACCCUCCAUAAGGUGAUUGAUACUGGCAAGACAGUUGUUCUGCUGUUGGAAUUGAUUUCGGAUGGGGAGUUGUUCCAUUGGACACCAUCCAGCGAGGUUGAGGCUGCUCAUGUUGUUAGACAGGUUUUGAUGGCACUCAGUCAUUUACACUCGCACCAAGUGGCUCAUUUGGAUAUUAAGCCGGAGAAUAUCCUGUUGUCAACUCCUCCGCCUAUGCCAAAUAUUAAAUUAAUAGAUCUAGGACUUUCUCAUCGUCUAGCACCAGGCUCCGAGCUUCGUGCACUCUUUGGUACUCCAGAAUUUGUAGCACCUGAAAUUGUUAAUUACGAACCCCUCAGUUUGGGAACUGAUUUGUGGGCAGUUGGUGUCUUGACAUACAUUCUAUUGAGUGGUGCCUCACCAUUUCUUGGUGAAGAUAAACAAGAAACUUAUGCCAAUGUCGCUGCUUGCCAGUAUCAAUUCGAUGAUGAGUAUUUUGGUAGUGUUACGGAAAUCGCUAAGGAUUUUAUACGUUCUCUCUUAGUUAAGGAUCCAAAGGAACGAGGGAGCGCAGAGUCGUGCCUUAAACAUCCCUGGAUCCUUACGGAGUCCGAAACGUCGCAGGAUCUGAGUGGUGCUAUGAUAAGUGCUGUUAAGCGGGGCUGUAUCCAGGCAGUCUCACAAUUACUGAGGCAAGGUGCCUCGUUGGACGUCAAGGAUGCUAAGCAAGAUAGUCUUCUACACAUUUCAUGUGCGUCUGGUGACGAAUCGAUGACGGGGCUCUUGAUCGAAAAUGGAGUAGAACUUGAUGCGACGAAUGAGAAAGGCCUGACUCCGCUCCACGUUGCAGCACGCAAUGGUCACAUUAAUAUCGUCAGACUCUUGUGUCUGUCUGGAUGUGAUGUUGACAAAACAAAUCGGGGAAUUCGGGCCGAUGUAACAGCCAUCAAACAUGGACAUUUUGAAAUUUCAAAUCUUCUGGAUAAACUCAGAAAUGGAAAUCAACGAGAGAAUUAUGUAAAGCAGCUGCAGCCUACCCACAAGGCAAUUGAUCGCCUACACGUACGCCUAUUGGGACACUGUGCUACAGGAAAAACGUCCUUGAUAAAUUCUUUGAAGUCUGGAAUAUUUAGUUUCGGAUUUUUUCGAAGAUCUAGGAGUCAGAAUUGCACUACUAAAAGAGAACCGAGUAUUGAAUUGGAUGUCACGAGUAAACAUGGUUCAUUGAGUUUCGAAUAUAGUGAUAAUGAGUAUGAGGGGACUGUUGGUGUUGAAUGGAGCCGUGGUAAUAUUGGAGGUGAAUGUGUUUUUUGGGAAUUUUGUGGUCGCGAGGAUUUCUUGGCAUCUUAUCAUCACGCCCUCACUUACCAGUUACCCGCCGUUCAUUUGAUUACGAUUAGUCUACGAGACCCAUUCACUGUUCAACUACAGCAAGCACGUUUUUGGCUACGUUUCAUUAUGGACAGAAUUCCACCAAAGAAUAUUGGAUUCGCUGGAAAGUGUCAAGAUGUCAAAGUAAUCCUCGUAGGUACUUACGCCCCAGAACUUCAAAGUCCAAAUUCCAACGGAACAAACUUCCUCGCUCCACUAUUGGAAUUCCUCCAAGAAUUCACCCCAAUUUUAGGUGAAGAGCCACAGGUGGUGGUACUAGAUGCCACAAAUUCAUCCAACCCUGGUGUCAAACUUCUUCGAUCCUAUCUGACAAAUGCGCGAAUGGAAUUCCUCGAGGGGGCAAUGGUGUGGACGGGAUUGGCUGAAGUCUGGAGGGCAUAUGUUCUCACCCUGGAAGAUCCACCUGUACUUCUAACGCUUCAAGAAUUGCUUCUUGAAGUUAGGAAAAUUAAUCCACUGGUCUCUAUUGAGCAUUGCCGACAUUUGGCACAGCAACUUCAGACAUUGGGAGAAUCUGUAAUUCUGCGAGACGAUUUAGUCGCCUUAUCCCCGGAAUGGCUUUGGCGAGACGUAAUCGGUUGGCAGUUGAACCCUGAUCAGCGAGGACGUUUAGGAAGUCGCACAACAGGUGUUUACACUAUAGAGGAUUUUCAAGCAAGAUCUCCAUGCCCUGCGAAUCAAGCUCUCCAGGUUCUCCAAGCAACGAACUUCUGCAUUCCCUGUGACGUAGAGGACGACGAGUUGGAGUACGAAAUUCCCUGUUUGAAUUUGGUGGAACGUCUCCCAGGUCUGUGGGAGCCCUGGGAGUCCUGUUCAACGGCACUACCUCACGCCGGACUCAGGUUAUUCCCUGGGGAAGCUCCUCUGUAUCAUCUGACACCAAUUUUUCCACAUUUACAAUCACAAUUGAGGAGAAUCACUCAAACUUGGGAUCCGAGGGACUCUGAUCUAUACCAGUGGUGGCGAGGAUCGAAACUUUGUGUAGGACCAUGUGAAAGUAUUAUAACUCUUGAAGAAGAGGACCAGGGCUACAUCGAACUGCAGGUCAGGGGUCCAAGAGGCUCCGGUUCCCAGUGUUUUGCACUCUUAGGGGUGAUUUUCGAUGCUAUAGAUGCUACAAUCGAUAUGGUAGCACCUGCGCUACUUCUGGAGAAACAUUGGCUGUCUCCCAGUGAACUCAGGGAUUACGAUGAGGUUCUGCACAUCUGGGAGCCUGCACCCAUGCUAUCAUCUUUGUUAGAGAAAGGAUUCGAUGAAGCUAAGUUCAAAAAUGCCUUUAAUGGAUGUGAGGAGAGUGUUUGGGAAAUUGUUGGCUGUGGUUCUGCUUUAUUGGAUACUUGUAUUCCUGGGACAAGGCAGCCGGUUAAGUUCAUCAAGCCUGGGGUUCAAAGGAAAUUGGCUCAGAUGCUGGAUCCUCCUGAUCCACAUGGAAAAGACUGGUGUCUGCUUGCUGUUAGACUGGGACUUGGAGACCGAGUGGCUAAUUUGGAUAGCAAUGUGGAUAGCCCCACAUUGAGAUUAUUGGCAUGUGCUGGAACUGGUUGUACAGUUGGAUCUCUCGUGAAGCAGCUCCGAGCCCUCGGUCGAGAAGACGCCGUCCACUUGUUAUUGUCCCACACGCCAGUUUUUGUAUUAUCGAUGUCAAUUGAUUCAGAAACUGGCUCUAAUCUAUCGAGAUGACGCUGCUGCGAACAUCGCCGGUGGAUCAAUACUUUUUAGAGUAUUUUCAGCAACGUUAGAGGAAUGAUAAACAGGGUUGUUGACCACAUUUUUGUAAAUAUUCUCCAGUUUCUUUUUCAAUCAUCUUUUAUUCUCGGUAUGAGAGAGUUCCUUACGCGCAUUAUCCUCCUAUCUUUAUCAUAUUUUUGUUUAACUAUUUAUCAUCUUAUCCUUCCAUUAAUCUUAUACACAUAUAUCAUCGAUUAGUCUAAUACAUUAUAUUAUUUUUCGUUCAAUUUAUGGCUCGAACCAAUUACUGCAUUUAUUCUUAAAAUUAUUUGGGACACAUUCCUCAUUCACAUUCGUAGAGUGCUUUUUUUGUCUGGCAUAUCUACUUAAGCAAAAGAAAAAUCUCUAAAUGAAUCUCUUAAUUGAAACUCCAAAGACUGCAUGAACCUAUUAAUCGAGUUACAUUUACGCUGCUGAAAAACAUUAGAAAGAAAAAAUACAAAGACAAAAGAAAAUUAAACUGCGUGAAAGUUUCGUAGAAUUAUUUGCCAUGAACGAGCGUCAAACCAAAACAAAACAUUUGAGAUAAAAUACAAGGAAAAUGUCCACUGCGGGUUUUUCCCUUUCGGGCAUAAGGAUUAAUAAUUUAAUAAUAAUUAGAUAGAACUUCACGAUUGACGCUUGCAACACGAAUAAUCUUAGUUAUUUCCUUAUGUUCAGCUUUUGUAUCAAGUGUGUUCAAUACUUUAUAACGAUUAUUAAAAAAACUGUGGAACAAAGAACAAAAAUCAUAUUAACUCUGCUAGUCUCGUUGGGAAAAUUUUUUAUUCAAUAAGUUUUUAUUGAGCUGAAGCACAAAAAAACCUUAUAUUAUGGCAGACGACAACGAGCUCCAAUGUAUUUCGAAAGUAAUUUAAUUGCUGAAAAAGGGAGACAAUGAAAAUUAUGAUCAAUUGAUUGAGUACAUCCUGAAGUAUCGGCUUAAGACUUAAUUAACUGUAAUAAAUGUCCUAAAAGUCUGAAGCGUCCAUAACUAAAUAAACACAAUUUACGACAUGAAACAGAGAUAGGUUAUAGGUUGAGUAAUUAAUUUGGCUCAAUUAAUUAAAGUGAGAUGAGUAACUUUAGUCUGUGGUAUAAGCCUUUAUACGAGUUUAUCCCAUUUGGAUGAUUGAUUAAACUAAUGAAAAUAAUCAUGGGAUUGUAAGAGAGAAGAUUUUUUGAAUAUCUCUGGAGCAAUGUAACUUUAGAUCACGAUUUUUUCGAUAAAAAAACAGCAAAAGACAUUCAAAAUAACAUAUUUAAUCCUUAAUUCUUCGUUAUUCAUUACUAUAUUAUUUACAUGUACUUAUGACAUGACAAGACUCUAUGAGGGUAAAACUAUAUGAAGAAUAUUUCUAGUUGAAUAUACAUUAAUGUUGCUUUCAAUGUUUCAUCAUUACUUUUUGUUACUAAAUUGAUGAACACAAAACUAUGAAAAUUACGGAUUAUCAUAGGUGUAGAAUAAAUUGAAUAAAAAGAUUCAUUUGCGCCAGAAA